AUGAGGUUCACUGACCUUACGCUGCUCGCAGCAGCAGCACUCCCUGGCGGAGCCCUUGCUGCUGCACAUGCUAAUGCACAUGCGCAUGCCCACACCAACGCGAACACUUCGAGCUCAGCAUCUGCGCUCCUCUCAUCCGGCACCCUGAACCUAGGCGCGUACCAGUCCGCCUAUUUCAAGGCCAAGGAACUUGUCUCCGGCCUCAACACCACCGAGAAAGUUUCUAUCAUCACGGGCGGGUCUGUCGAUGAGGUCUGGGACGCCCUGCAAAGCAAGGACGGCAUGAGCGGUGUCAACAUGGCGUACUACGUCUCCUCCUUUCCGCUUGGCAACGCCCUUGCUAUGACUUGGAAUGCUUCCCGCGCAUACGAUCAGUUUCUAGCCACUGGCAAGGAAUUCUAUGGCCUUGGCUAUAACCUUGUCAACGGACCCGAGCCCGGUCCUCUCGGACGCACGCCGUGGGGUGGACGCGCAGCUGAGGCCUUCUCUCCCGAUCCUUAUCUUUCUGGUAUCUUCAUGGGCCAGUCCAUUGCCGGCCAGAACGCUGCCGGUGUUAUUUCUGUUGGUCGUCAUUUCAUUCUCAACGAGCAGGAGACGAACCGUGGCAUGAGCGGAACAACUUACUCGUCUGUUGCGGGCGACAAGGCGACCCACGAGCUCUAUGCGUGGCCUUUUGCUGACGGUGUGCAUGCGGGAAUGGGCGCCAUCAUGUGCGCGAUGAACGACGUCAACGGCACCACAGCAUGUGAGAAUAAGCAUACUCUCACAGACCUUCUCAAGGCCGAGCUCGGCUUUCCUGGUAUGGUCAUGCCCGAUGUAGGCGGGCAGAAGAGUUCUUUUGGCUCUGCAAACAACGGUCUUGACUACGGUUCUAGCCAGUACUGGUCCGACUCCAUUAUCGAGGCUGGUCUUCGCAAUGGAACCCUGACGAAAGCGAAGCUUGACGACAUUGCUAUCCGUAACGUCAUUGGGUAUUUCUACGUUGGGCUCGACAAGAACCCUGCGCCGUCUGUCGCCGACACAACAGCCAACCGCCACGUCAUGAAGGAUCACAAGAAGCUCAUCCGCGAUGUUGCUACUGAGUCCCUUGUGCUGCUGAAGAACACGCCUGGAGAGAACGUUGGUCUUCCCCUGACCGAGGGCAACUCGAUUGCCAUUUUUGGUGCCCACGCGGGCUUUCCCCUCGCUGGACCGAACCUUGAGUUCAGUGUCAUGGGCUCGAGCGGCGAUACGUUCCAGGGCCAUCUUACCUCGCCUACAGGUUCCGGUGCGGGAUCUGCGAGCUAUGUCAUCACGCCUCAGCUGGCCAUGACCCUUCGUCAACGCGAAGAUGGCGGUAUGUUGUGGUGGAUCACAAAUGACACUUACACUGAGAGCUCCAGUUCUGGAUUCCCUGGCGGUAGUGGUACGGGUGGUGGUAUGGGUGGUGGUAUGCCCGGUGGUAACUCUUCCAGCGGUGGCUUCCCUGGUGGAGGUUUUGGCAGUGCUCCCGGAGGAGGUAUGGAUGGUGGUGAUGGUAUGGGCGGCGGCGGCGGCGGCGGAGGCAUGGCUGGUCUUGGCAGCGGAACCGGGGUCACCCACAGCUACGCCAACUACGCCUCAUCCUCCGACGCGUGCGUUGUCUUCCUCAACGCCCUAGCCGGUGAAGGCGCUGACCGCAACGAACUCUUCAACGACGACCAAGACACCAUGGUCACCACCGUUGCGGAGAACUGCAACAACACCAUCGUGGUAAUCAACACCGUCGGCCCGCGCCUCAUGGAAUCCUGGAUCGAAAACGACAACGUCACAGCCGUCCUAUACGGCGGCCUCCUCGGCCAGGAAUCCGGCUUCGCCAUCAGCGACGUCCUCUACGGCGAUGCCAACCCCUCCGGAAAACUCACCCACACGAUCGGCAAAAACGCAUCGGACUACCCUGCUUCUAUCUGCGAGACCACCGAAUGCGACUUCACCGAAGGCGUGUACAUCGACUACCGCUGGUUCAAGGCCAAGAACACCACGCCCCGCUACGACUUCGGCCACGGCCUCUCCUACACAACCUUCAAGUAUGGCUCUGUGCAAGCCAAGGCCACAGCCCCCAAAGCCCUGGCAACCCGCUACCCCAGCGGCCCCCGCGCCCUCGGCGGUACCAAAGACCUCUUCGAUGAAGUUGUCAAGGUCACAACCAAGAUCUCCAACACCGGAAAGCGUGAUGGUGCGGAAGUGGCUCAGCUGUACGUUUCAUUCCCGGCUGAGGCUGCGCAGCCCGCUCGCAUCCUCCGCGGCUUCGAGAAGGUCCAUGUGCCCGUUGGCAAGGAGGUUGAUGUUACCUUCUCCCUGCGUCGUCGCGACCUGAGUUACUGGGAUGUGGCGGCGCAGAAGUGGGCGAUUGCGAAGGGUGAGUAUAAGUUCUCGGUUGGCGCGAGUUACUCGGAUCUUAGGGGCUCUGCGACGCUGGAGAUUUGA